CUACCCGUCUUCAUCGGCGGCACGGCGGCUGGGAGGAAUGGCGGCGGGGCCGGCUCCCUCGUCAAAGAUGGCGGCGUGGUACUCCCUCAGCCGCUGCAGGUAGUGGGCCUUCAUUUCCUCCGGGCUCAAGCCGAAGGGGGCCGGGGGCGGAAUCGGCAUCCCAUCGUCGAAAUCGUCCUCGGUGAGGACGGGGCGGACUGACAAAGAGGGAACACACACACACACCAGACCAUUGCCAGCUGUGUCCUGUGUCCUGUGUGUGAGUGUGUGUCUGGGCCUUACCUAUGGCGGGCGACAGGUUGAGCCAGGAGGCCGGUGUGGAUGGUGGCGGCGUCUGGGGCCUGCUCUCCACUGCACACACCACACAAGAAGGAACACGUGCAGACGUGUGUGAGGGUAGGUGGUUCUUCGUCACGCGUGUGUGAUUCGUGUGGGUCUGACCGUGAGUGCUGGUCGCGCGCCCCCUGCCAACCCCUGGCUGAGUCGUCGUCAUCGGCUCGUCCAGACGCAGCACCAGAUGCAGUUUGCUGUCCUUCUUGAUCUUAUAGUCCGACAGAAAUCGAUAGAUAUAGGCUGCAGGUAGCGAUGACUCCUGAGAGAGACGAGAAGCAGAAAGAAAACCAAAGUGUCUCUCUUUCUCUGUCUGUCUCCCAUCUGCUGCUCACCCGUCUUAACGUUCGACAGAUUCCAUCCAUACGCACCAGUCAAGCAGGGGACCAUCGGAUAUGAAAUGUAGGCAACGAUGCCCACCCUCCUCUGCACCUCCGCCCCCUGCACCACAACACACAAUGAACCACAUGCCAACGCAUCCAAUCCCCCCCCAGCGGCCAUGCACUGUGUCUCAGACCCUCUCCCCUCCAUCAUACCCGUCGCGGUCUUGACAGAGACCCGCAUGGUCCUCACGUGAGUGCUCUUGUGCUGUGCUGCUGGUGGCGGUGGGAGGGGCUUGCCCCUCGGCGGCAUGGAGGUGCGGUGGUGGCUUGGUGGGAUUGGGGCGGGGCCGGCUCCUUCGUCGAAGAUGGCGGCGUGGUACUCGUUGAGCCGCUGCAGGUAGUGCUCCUGCUGUACAUCCUCGAGGCUCAAACCAAACGGUGCGGGGGGCGGGAUGGGCAUCCCAUCGUCGAAAUCGUCCUCGUUGAGGACGGGGCGGCCUGACAAAGAGGGAACACACACACACCAGACCAUUGCCAGCUGUGUCCUGUCCUGUGUGUGAGCGUGUGUCUGGGCCUUACCUGUGGGCGACAGGUUGAGCCAGGAGGCCGGUGUGUGUGGUGGCGGCGUCUGGGGCCUGCUCUCCACUGCACAUACCACACAAGAAGGAACACGUGCAGACGUGUGUGAGGGUAGGGGGCUCUUCGUCACGUGUGUGUGAUCCGUGUGGGUCUGACCGUGAGUGCUGCUCCGCCCCAUUCCCACCCCUGGCUGUGUCGGCCCCAUCGGCUCGUCCAGACGCAGCUUCAGGUGCAGGGUCGACUCCGUCUUGAUCUUGUAGUCCGACAAGGUGCGUCCAUCCUUGAGUGGCUUGUCUGUACCACACACACACACAGAGAGACACAGACACAGACACACGUGUGCCAAAAUGUCAGGGAGAUGUGUGUGCGGUGUCUGCGGUAGGUGCGUACCACAGUAGAUGAGGCACGUCUGGUAGGGCGAUGGGCCCUCCUUGUCCUGGAUCUUGGCCUUGACCUUCUCGAUGGUGUCAAGGGGCUCCACAUCCAACGUAAUGGUCCGGCCUGCACCAUAGCACACCACACCACACAGAUAGAUGUGCGUGUGUGCAAGUCCGGCUGGCCACCUCACGUGUGUUGUCCGACGUACCAGUGAUGGUGACAACGAAGAUCUGCAUGCCUUUUUUCCAACGCAUCCCGAGGUGGAGGGUCGACUCCUUCUGGAUGUUGUAGUCCGAUAGGGUGCGGUCGUCCUCCAACUCCCUGCCUGCACACACACAGAGAGAACCUGCAACACACGUGUGUGAUUCGUGUGGGUCUGACCUGAGUCAUCCCUCACUCCGACACCCGGCUGCAACGUGUUGGUCGGGCCUGCACACACCACAACACACCAGGUGAGCGACACCUGAGUUGUUCCUUUCUGUGUACGAGACUGUGUGUGGCUUCUGUGUGUCAUACCUGCCAGGGGCCGCAGCAGGUGCAGUGUGCUCUCCCUCCUGAUCUGCGGCCGUCCUUCAACUCCUUGUCUGCACCACACACGCAUACGCAGACAAGCGACAAAAUGUCAGGGAGAUGUGUGUGCGGUGUCUGCGGUAGGUGCGUACCAAAGUAGAUGAGGUGCUGCUGGUAUGGCGAGCUGCACGUGACGGGUGUCAUAUUGUCGGGUGUGUGCGGUGGGGGCGUACCUGCUGCAGAGACGAGCCGCUGCACGUCGGCGAAGAUGCCCUCCUUGUCCUGGAUCUUCUUGCCCUUGACGCUGUUGAUGGCCUCGGUGAACUGCACACUCCAACGCAAUGGUCUUGACUGUAUCGCAACACAAAUGAAUGGUUCAACAGGGCUUUUCUUCUCGUGGCGAGAUGAUGUCUUGAAUGCCCCGCCUCCGAAGGGCGUCACGGUCCCUAGCGCAUUGAGUCGGAAUUGCCAUUCCCCGCUGUCCUCCGAGGGCUGAGCACACGAAAACGACGGAACGAUUGUGGCCUGUACUGUCGUAAACAGGCUCUGGGACUCACCUGAGUGGUAUCCAAGUGCCAUGCGGCUCAUGCCGACUUUAAGGCGUGCGAAGAAGGCACUUCACGG